AUGAAGAUUCUCUUGGCUAUACCUGUAGUGGCAUCGUUCCUCCAGGCAGCUGUCGGUCAGCAGCUGGGCUGGGUAUACCCUUAUGACUCUAUGGCGCUGAGUGAGAAAUGCCUGUCGAUGUUGAACACUACCAUUCCAGCAUGCUCACCUGCAUUGAUGGAAAAUGCGCCCGGGCCCCAAAUCAUGUACGACAUUCUGGACAGUGAAACCUUGAGCGAGGUCUGCCAUGAACGCUGCUAUACCAGUUUGAAGGAGUUUCGAGCCAAGGUUGUAUCUGCAUGCAACACUGAGAUGGAUGCAGUGGCCUUUAAACACAAAAAUACCAUCUUUCCACCAACGUAUAUGGCUGAUCUACUGCUGCUUUCAUAUGAAGUCUAUUGCUAUCAAGACCGGGACACUGGGAAAUUCUGUGAUCUUCAGUUGGCAGAAUGGCGAAAUCACAGGGAGUCAGACAAACCACUUAGGUGUGAGGACUGUCUACUUGGUCCACAGAGGGUGCAGCUGCAAGCACCCAUCGGCUAUGACCAGGACGAUGCAGACAAGUUCCAUGACUUGACGUCGAGUUGCAGUGCUACUGGCUAUGAAUAUGCAACACCCACGCAGUAUGCAACAGGGUCCACCGAUUGCUCGGGCCCAGGUGACCACGACGACUAUGUGGUUGUACCUCGACUACAUCUACCUCUGGAAUGA